AUGGGCUGCCUCAUCCUCAUCCUCCUCGUCGCAUCGUCCGAUUUCGCCGAUCAGACUGGGCCGUCCAGAUUGGAGCGCAGGGCAAGUGCACCCGCAAAGCACACUGUGGAUGGUAGGCACACUUAUCUCCUCUUCCCGCUCAGACCAGGGACACGGCCUGACACAUCGCACCCAGAGCCCCUGAAGUUUGCGCCCUCCUUCACCGAGCCCGUCGGCAUGCACAUCGGGCACACCGAGCACUACCAGCACAACACGUCCGAGGGCAUCGCAGAGUGGGCCAAGCUCAUCCCCGCCGGCGGCCACGUUGUCUACAUCGACGACGAUGACGACGGCGGGGACGGCUCGCGGCCGCGCGCGUACACGGUCACGCUGUUCCACCAGCUCAAGUGCCUCGACGUUAUACGCGCGCAGUACGCCGCGCCACAGGUGCCCGCGCCGCCGCUGCUGCGGCACUGCAUGAACUACCUCCGCCAGUCCGUGUUGUGCCGCCCGAACCUGCGGAUCGAGUCCGUGAAGAACUCGGUCGGCACGGCGAUCAGGAGCUACGACGCGGUGUGCCGCGACUGGACGACGGUGUAUGAGGAGGCGCAGAGGAAUCACGAGCAGUAUGCGGCCAGGGUGCAGUCGGCGGCUGGCAGGGAGUGA